UGAAUUUGUCAAACGGAGUCGAGGCUAUGACAUUUGUCUUGCAUGUAAAUUAGGCAAAACCCGCCAUUUUCACUGCACCGUUCCGUGUGAUAAGAUUCUUUCUCAAAUCCCAAUAAAAUCUACCUUUUUUCUAAAACCAGCUCCUCGAAUCUUCGGAUUUGUGAUUCUAAGUUAACCCACCGGAAAAUGGCGAUGGAAACAUCGACUUCUUUGCCGGCGACGAUGGAGUCGAGCGAGUCCUUUGAGAAUUUGAAGCAACAAAUGGAAACUGAUGGUUUGAUCAGGGUUUCGAGUUUUCCUCAGCGGAGAACUGUGAAUAAAAAAGCUCGGCCGCGUCGUCAACAGUCUUUUAGCCGUGACAUUGGUCACGCUGCAGCAGAGACCUAUUUGGUCACUGGCCUCAGCUUCAAGCUCCUUGGCUACCUGGGGUUAGGGUACCGCUGGAUCACACGACUUCUUGCCCUUGCUCUGUAUGCAAUGUUACUUAUGCCAGGUUUCCUCCAAGUUGCAUUUCAAUAUUUCUUUUCGAGCCAAGUCCGCAGAAGUAUUGUUUAUGGAGAUCAGCCAAGGAAUAGGUUGGAUUUAUAUUUACCAUCAAAUGAAGAUGGCCUGAAACCUGUGGUCGCAUUUGUAACUGGAGGGGCUUGGAUUAUUGGCUACAAGGCAUGGGGUUCUUUGCUAGGACUACAAUUAGCAGAAAGAGAUAUCAUAGUGGCAUGUAUUGAUUACAGAAAUUUUCCACAGGGAACAAUCAGCGAUAUGGUUAAUGAUGUUUCUCAAGGGAUUGCUUAUAUUUGCAACAAUAUUAUUGGAUAUGGGGGUGAUCCAAACAAGAUUUAUCUUAUGGGUCAGUCAGCUGGUGCACAUAUUUCUUCCUGUGCUCUUUUGCAGCAGGCAAUCAAAGAAUCCAGAGGCAAUAGCAUUUCUUGGAGUGUCUCCCAGAUAAAAGCUUAUUUUGGUUUAUCAGGGGGGUACAAUUUACUCAAUCUGGUCGAUCAUUUCCAUAAUCGAGGCUUGUAUCGCUCCAUCUUCUUGAGUAUAAUGGAAGGAAAAAAAUCACUGGAACAAUUUUCUCCUGAAGUUAUGGUACAGGAUCCAAGCUCUGACAAGGCAGUUUCUAUGCUUCCCCAUAUUGUCCUUUUCCAUGGUACUACAGAUAGUUCCAUACCAUCAGACGCAAGUAAAGCAUUUGUGAAUACACUCCACAGAAGGGGAGCUCGAGCAGAACUUAUUUUAUAUGAUGGAAAAACCCAUACAGAUCUAUUCCUCCAAGAUCCUCUUCGUGGUGGUAAAGACGAGCUUUUUGAUUACUUGGUAGCCUUCAUACAUGCUGAUGACAAAGAAGCCCUUGCUAGAGAUGCAAUGGCUCCUCCUAGAAGACGAUAUGUCCCAGAGAUAUUGUUGAGAUUGGCUCGUCGGGUCAGCCCCUUCUAGGUCAGACAUUUCCUAGUGCAGAUGUUUUCUUUGUAAUUGAUGUCAUAUAAUUCUCAAUGGAAAGGGAGGUGUGUACUGUUUUAAUACAUGGACAGAAUGUAGUGCUUUUGAGUCAUACCUUGAACUUUCCUUUGGUUCUUUAUAUUAUUUCAUUUACUGGUGGAUUGAUUCCUAG